GUUUGUAGGCAAUUUUGUGUAAAAUUUUCUAUUUUGUUUUUGCUAGACUAGAUGGAGGUGAACACAGAUAUUGUCAUUGUUGGAGCUGGAAUAUCUGGUCAUGCUACAGCUUUGGCUCUUCACAGGUUGGGAAUAAAAUGUUUGGUGUUGGAGUCUGCUGGGAUUGCAUUCACAACUUGGACCAAUGCUUGGAGGGCUUUGGAUGCUCUUGGGAUCGGCGAUUCUCUCAGGCAACAGCAUGGCCAGCUAUAUGGGGUAUCUUCUAUAUCUUCAGUUACAGGUGAUUUGACUUCAUAUGUUUCAUUUACAGAGAAGGGAAAAUAUGGAGAUCAUGAGGCUCGCUGUGUGAGACGCAAGGCCCUGCUAGAAGCGCUUGCAAGGGAUUUACCAGAUGGUACAAUAAGGUACUCGUCCAAAGUUGUUUCUAUAGAAGAAGCAGGAUUCUCAAAGCUUGUACACCUUGCCGACGGCUCCAUCCUUAAGACCAAGGUAUUAAUCGGGUGUGAUGGAGUGAAUUCAGUGGUGGCAAAGUGGCUAGGAUUCAAACCACCGUCACUGACAGGUAGAUCAGCUAUAAGGGGCUGUGCAUAUUAGAAGGAUGGCCAUGGGUUUGAACCCAAAUUUCAGGUCCUAGUCGGAAAUGGUGCUAGAUAUGGUAUCAUUCCCUGUGAUAACACUGCUGUUUAUUGGUUUUUCACCUGGUCGCCAUCUGCUCAAGAGAAUAGUACACUGCAAGAAGCUGAUCAACUGAAACUGAAGCAAUUUUUGCUGAGUAAACUUGGGAAGGUACCUGACCAAAUAAGGGCUGUGGUAGAAGACACAAAAGUAGAAGAAUUUGUACGCUCUCCACUAGAGUAUAGACCUCCAUGGCAGGUAUUAUUUGGCAACAUAAGCAAAGACAAUGUAUGCGUAACAGGUGAUGCAUGUCAUCCAAUGACACCAGACCUAGGGCAAGGAGGGUGCUCGGCUCUAGAAGAUGGGGUCAUUCUAGGAAGAUGCCUUGCCGAUGUGUUGCUAGAGAAGUCCAGCUGCCAGGAGAAGCAGAAUGAUGAGAAUGAGUAUGAGCGUAUAAAGAGGGGGUUGAACGACUAUGCAAAGAAGAGGAGGUGGAGAGCACUUGAUCUUAUUAGUACAGGUUAUAUGCUGGGUUGGGCACAGGAGUUUGACAGGUUUGGGAUGAGAAUUCUUAGAGAAAAGCUGCUUUCUGCGUAUCUAACUAGGUUUUUUACUAAGAAGGCUGAUAUUGAUCCUGGGCAACUUGUUCUUGAGCACUAAGCUCUUGGGGAGAGAAUUUUCUGCUAAACUUGUUCUGAGCUUUCUUAAAUUUCAUUUUCCCGGUAAUGUUAUGUUUUGUGUUGUAAUUUCAAAUUGAUGUUACUUUGUUAAAAACUGAUUUUGCUGAACUCAGAUAUUCAUCAUGUGCUUGUGA